AUGUGCUUCUCAGGCUGUCUGUUUGAGAAGAAGCUCUGCCCCAGAGACCAGCCAUGCUCAGAUGAUGGGCUGUUUGGCCAAUGUCUGCUGCCCCAGCAGGAGAUGGUUCUGUAUGAGGUGUCAGUGCCUGUGCUGCACAGACUACAGGAGGUGCUCAAGGAACUGAUGAUGCAAGGAUUGUCCUGGCAGGAUGACAUCACCCAGUACGUCAUUCGCAAGGAGCUGAGCCGUGUUUCACUGACCCGCCCCCUGUCUGGACGUCAUGACAACCCCUCGUCUCAGUCCUCAGAACCUGUGCAGAAUGCCCAUCUUUCCAAGAUGCAGUAUCCUCCCAGGACCAAGGCUCAAGGGGACGAUCCCAACCCAGACCUGAUGCAGAGUUACCUGGACUACAUGAUCGUGGAUCCCCCCAAGGCCUCCCAGUCCCUCCACAUGCAAACUCUGGACCCUUACACCUACCGCCAGCAGCAGUAUGGUUACCAGGACGACGAGGAGCGCUCUCUUAACUCUCUGGAGGGUGGUGGUUUCCCCCGCCCUUCUUCUCACGCCGGGGGUAAAGGGUCCCGCCCCCAGGACCGAGACCGCCAGGUGCUCCAGGACCUGGUCUCCCUGUACCUCUCCUCCCCCGCCCAGCCGGCCUCCCGCCACCGUGGGGCAGCAACACCGAUCUCUACCUCUCCCUUGUACCAGGACCUGGACUUCCCUCUGGACUACACAGAGGACUACGUUUCCCAGCAGGACGUGGAGGUCCGCAAGCAGCAGCAGCUGGAUCAGACGCAGAGGAAAGCUCAGAAGGACUACGGAUCGCUAGCUGGAUUGGAUGAUGACUCCCUGCAGAAAGUGUCUCUGCUCCUGGACCACUAUGGCAUCGAUAUGAAGGACUUAACCCCUCCACAGCUGGCCAACCUGCCUGCAGCACUGAAACAGCUGCAGAUGGAGAGUGCUACUGACUUGGGCACCGACACAGCAGACAAAUACCGGAACAGUGCUGCUCCUCGUAAGAAGAUCACUGAAGGGGCCAUGACACACAAGGUGGACAAAUCUCCCGUGCUAGGGGCCCCCACCUCCCUUCCUGCCCCGCCCCCCACCAUGGGGGCCCCUCCUGCCACAGAGGGAGCCAGUGUAAAGGAGCCAGGGACCCCGGUGGAAACAGAGACGCAGGGGAAGAAAGAACCACCAGGAGGGACCACACAUGUGAAGGAGGAAUACGGCUACAUCGUCACCAACCAAAGCCCCCUCAGUCUGUACGACGGGGUGCGUCUGCUGGGGCUCCUGGCUGAGAGGAUCCCACUCUCCACUGGCUCUUUCAUCAACAUCAGUGUGGUGGGCCCUGCCCUGACAUUCCGUGUUCGCCCCAACAGCCAGAACCUGAGUGCUGAAGACGUGGCAGAGAAAGCCGUUGCAGAGAAGAACUUUCUGGAGUCUGAAACUGCUCUGAAGAUUCUGCAGACAGGUGUCGGUGAGAGAACUGAUGGGCGGGGCUUACCUCAGGCCACCCGGGUCCGAGAUGGCUCCCGUUGGGUGUUCAUGACCAUGGUGGGCGUGGCCUGUGUUGGCGGGAUCCUGGUGGCGACAAUGACCAUCGUCUGCCUGCGUCGCCACACCAACCGCCUGGCGUCUGAGAAGCUAGGCCUGGGCCCAGAGGGAGGCAGCGUUACACACCAGGAGUACCAGGACCUGUGUCGUCAGCACAUGGGAUCCAGGGGACUCUUUGAGCGUCAGGAGGGGGCAGGAGCUGCGGGGGGUGCUAGUGGAGGUGGUGGUGGAGGAGGAGGUGGUGGAGGAGGAGGUGGCGGUGGUGGUGGUGGUGGUGGAGGAGGUACGGACACGUCCAGGGUGAGCAGUGUGUCGUCCCAGUUCAGUGAUGCGCCCCAGCCCAGCGACGCGCCCCAGCCCAGCCCGAGCUCCCACAGCAGCACCUCUUCCUGGUGCGAGGAACCAGCACAGACCAACAUGGACAUCUCCACCGGUCAUAUGAUCCUGGCUUACAUGGAGGACCACCUGAAGAACAAGGACCGUCUGCUGAAGGAGUGGGAGGCCCUGUGUUCCUACCAGGCUGAACCCAGCACCAUGUCUGUGGCGCAGAGUGACACCAACCUGAAGAAGAACCGCUGCCCUGACUCUGUGCCCUAUGAUCACUCCAGGGUGAAGAUGAAGGCGGAGAACAACCCCUCCAGGACCGACUACAUCAACGCCAGCACCAUAAUUGAGCAUGACCCCCGGAUGCCAACGUACAUCGCCACCCAAGGACCCCUGUCUCACACCAUCGCCGACUUCUGGCAGAUGGUUUGGGAGAAUGGCUGCACGGUGAUAGUGAUGAUGACAGCCCUGGUUGAGGACGGAGAGAAACAGUGUGAUCGCUACUGGCCUGACGAGGGAUCCUCCCUCUACCACAUCUAUGAGGUGAACCUGGUUUCGGAGCACAUCUGGUGCAAUGACUUCCUGGUUCGUAGUUUCUACCUGAAGAACGUCCAGACCCAGGAGACCCGCACACUCACCCAGUUCCACUUCCUCAGCUGGCCUGCCCAGGGCAUCCCCACCUCCACACGCACCCUACUGGACUUCCGCAGAAAGGUGAAUAAGUGCUACAGAGGCAGAUCUUGUCCGAUCAUUGUACACUGCAGGUAAACCAACGUUUGCA